AUGAUCGCCUCUAUUUUCCUGACUUCUCUUAUCGCUGCUGGUGGCGCUUAUGCUGCCGUGGCAGAAGGUUCUUGGGGCGUUCGUGCCGACUUCUCCCGCUGUGAUGGGUCCACCCCCUUAGAAGCUGUCCUUGAGGGCGCAGCCGGCCAAUCCUCGCCAUCCGCCAACAUCACCGACUUCAAGAUCUCGUCACCUUUCGACGGCAGGCUGAUCAUCAAGGUCGCCGGAGCAGCCGGAUACGGCUCACCCUACCCGCCACAGCAGGUCGGUGUUGAGGUGUUUGCCGCAGCGACAGCAGGAGAUCCUGGCGCCUGGGCCAACGCUACAGUAACUCCCGGAACUGGGCAGCCAGCUUCCGUUGCGCAGAUUCUCUGGAACACGCGCAAUGACGUAACUGUCGCGCCAGCUGAGAACGAGGAGGUUUCGCUUGAGACGAUAUUUAACGGAGGCAGCUUGGUGGUCUACUACUGCGGCAUCCCAGAGGCUGGCGGACCUAUCGCAUAG